AUGCCUUCCGAGUCCUUCUGUCUGGCCGCCCAGGCUCGCCUGGACUCCAAGUGGCUGAAAACAGACAUCCAGCUUGCAUUCACGGGAGAUGGGCUCUGCGGUCUGUGGAAUGAAAUGGUUAAAGACGGCGAGAUCGUGUAUCCGGGGGCAGAAGUCACCCCGAGCGGGGAGCUGCCGCCUAGAAAAGAGGACGGCGCCGAUACUCAGAGUGGGACGAAGAAAGAGGAUCUGAACGACAAAGACAAAAAGGACGAGGAAGAGAGCCCUGCCCCUGUGUUCAGGUCCAAGUCCAUCCUGGAGAGCUGGGUGUGGGGCAAGCAGCCAGACGCGGGGGAGCUGAGGGAGUGCCUCUCAGUGCUGGUGAAGGAGCAGCAGGCGCUGGCUGUGCGGGCGGCCACCAGCACCCUGUCCGCCCUGCGGCUCCGGCAGCGGCUGGCCAUCCUGGAGCGCUACUUCAUCGCCCUGAACAGAGCCGUCGCCCAGGAGAGCGCCAAGGUCAAGGGGAAGAGCAGCAGCGGCGCUCUGCCUUCCGUGGACAAGAAGAGCUCCCGGCCCACGGGCAAAGGCGUGGAAGGCCUGGCGAGAGUCGGGUCCCGAGCUGCUCUGUCCUUCGCCUUCGCGUUCCUGCGCAGGGCCUGGCGGUCAGGGGAGGACGCGGACCUGUGCAGCGAGCUGCUGCAGGAGUCCCUGGACGCCCUGCGGGCGUUGCCUGAGGCCUCCCUCUUCGACGAGGGCACCGUGUCGUCCGUGUGGCUGGAGGUGGUGGAGAGGGCGACCCGCUUCCUCCGCUCCGUCGUGACGGGGGACGUCCACGGGACGCCAGGCAGCAAGGGCCCGGGCAGCAUCCCGCUGCAGGACCAGCACCUGGCCCUGGCCCUCCUGCUGGAGCUGGCAGUGCAGAGAGGCACGCUGAGCCAAAUGCUGUCAGCCAUCCUGUUGCUGCUUCAGCUGUGGGACAGCGGGACUCAGGAGACGGACAACGAGCGGUCGGCGCAGGGCACCAGCGCCCCACUCCUGCCCCUGCUGCAGCGGUUCCAGAGCAUGCUCUGCGGGAAGGACACCCCCCAUGCCGAGGGCGACACCCUGCUGCUGACGGGCCCCCUGAGCCCCAACGAGAGCUUCCUCAGGUACCUCGUUCUCCCGCAAGACAGCGAGCUCGCCAUCGACCUGCGGCAGACGGCCGUGGUCGUCAUGGCCCACCUGGACCGCCUGGCCGCGCCCUGCAUGCCGCCGCCGUGCAGCUCUCCCACGUCCCACAAGGGGACCGUGCAGGAGGUCAUCGGCUGGGGGCUGAUCGGAUGGAAGUGCUACGCCAACGUGAUCGGGCCCAUUCAGAGCAAAGGCCUGGCCAACCUGGGCGUCACGCAGAUCGCCUGCGCGGAGAAGCGCUUCCUGAUCCUGUCACGCAACGGCCGCGUGUACACGCAGGCCUACAACAGCGACACGCUGGCCCCCCAGCUGGUCCAGGGCCUCGCCUCCAGAAACAUCGUGAAGAUUGCCGCCCAUUCCGACGGCCACCACUACCUGGCCUUGGCCGCCACCGGCGAGGUGUUCUCCUGGGGCUGCGGGGACGGCGGCCGGCUGGGCCACGGCGACACUGUGCCCCUGGAGGAGCCCAAGGUGAUCUCCGCCUUCUCCGGCAAGCAGGCCGGCAAGCACGUGGUGCAUAUCGCCUGCGGGAGCACCUACAGCGCAGCCAUCACCGCCGAGGGCGAGCUGUACACCUGGGGCCGCGGCAACUACGGCCGCCUGGGCCACGGCUCCAGCGAGGACGAGGCCAUCCCGAUGCUGGUGGCCGGGCUGAAAGGCCUGAAGGUCAUCGACGUGGCGUGCGGGAGCGGGGACGCCCAGACCCUGGCCGUGACCGACAACGGCCAGGUGUGGUCCUGGGGAGACGGGGACUACGGCAAGCUGGGCCGAGGCGGCAGUGACGGCUGCAAGACGCCCAAGCUGAUCGAGAAGCUGCAGGACCUGGACGUGGUGAAGGUGCGGUGCGGCAGCCAGUUCUCGGUGGCGCUGACCAAGGACGGGCAGGUGUACUCCUGGGGCAAAGGCGACAACCAGCGGCUCGGCCAUGGCGCCGAGGAGCACGUGCGCUACCCCAAGCUCCUGGAGGCCCUGCAGGGGAAGAAGGUGAUCGACGUGGCCGCAGGCUCCACCCACUGCCUGGCGCUGACGGAGGACAGCGAGGUGCACAGCUGGGGCAACAACGACCAGUGCCAGCACUUCGACACCUUGCACCAGACCAAGCCGGAGCCCUCGCCGCUGCCCGGGCUGGACACCAAGCACAUCGUCGGCAUCGCCUGCGGGCCUGCCCAGAGCUUCGCCUGGUCCUCGUGCUCCGAGUGGUCUGUGGGCCUGCGCGUCCCCUUUGUGGUGGACGUCUGCUCGGGCACUUUUGAGCAGCUGGACCUGCUCCUGCGGCAAGUGAGCGAGGGCAUGGACGGCACCUCCGACUGGCCGCCGCCCCAGGAGAAGGAGUGCAUGGCCGUGGCCACGCUGAACCUGCUGCGGCUGCAGUUGCAUGCCGCCAUUAGCCACCAGGUUGACCCAGAGUUGCUUGGUUUAGGUCCGGGCAGCGUCCUCCUCAGCAGCCUGAAGCAGACCGUGGUGGCCCUGGCCAGCAGUGCGGGCGUGCUGGGCACCGUGCAGGCGGCCGCCCAGGCGGUGCUGCAGAGCGGCUGGUCCGUGCUGCUGCCCACUGCCGAGGAGCGGGCCCGGGCGCUUUCGGCUCUCCUGCCCUGUGCAGUUUCAGGCAACGAAGUCAAUGUCAGUCCAGGCCGCCGUUUCAUGGUCGAUCUCCUGGUGGGCAGCUUGAUGGCUGACGGAGGCUUGGAGUCGGCCUUAAACGCAGCCAUUACUGCCGAGAUCCAGGAUAUUGAAGCCAAAAAAGAAGCACAGAAGGAAAAGGAAAUCGACGAGCAGGAAGCAAAUGCCUCGACGUUUCACCGAAGCAGAACUCCGCUGGACAAGGACCUCAUCAACACGGGGAUCUACGAGUCCGCGGGGAAGCAGUGCCUGCCCCUGGUGCAGCUCGUCCAGCAGCUGCUCAGGAACAUUGCUGCCCAGACCGUGGCCAGGCUGAAGGACGUGGCCCGCCGGAUCUCGUCCUGCCUGGACGUGGAGCAGCCCAGUCGGGACCGAUCCGCCUCCUUGGACUUGCUGCUGCGUUUCCAGCGCCUGCUCAUCAGUAAGCUGUAUCCAGGAGAGAGCGGGGGACCGCCCGCCGACACCCCUAGUCCCGAGCUGAUGGGCGUGGGCUCCCUGCUGAAGAAGUACACGGCCCUGCUCUGCACCCACAUCGGCGACAUCCUGCCCGUGGCCGCCAGCAUCGCCUCCACCAGCUGGCGCCACUUCGCCGAGGUGGCCAGCGUCGUGGAGGGCGACUUCACCGGCGUGCUCCUUCCAGAGCUGGUGGUCUCCAUCGUCCUCCUGCUCAGCAAGAGCCCGGGGCUCAUGCAGGAGGCGGGCGCCGUGCCGCUGCUGGGCGGCCUGCUGGAGCACCUGGACCGCUUCAACCACCUGGCGCCCGGCAGGGAGCGGGACGACCAGGAGGAGCUGGCCUGGCCCGGCAUCAUGGGUCAGAGCGGCAGGAACAACGAGGAGGUGACCCUGAUCCGCAAGGCGGACUUGGAGAACCACAACAAGGACGGCGGCUUCUGGACCGUGAUCGACGGGCGGGUGUACGACAUCAAGGACUUCCAGGCCCAGGCCCUGAGCGGCAGCAGCAUCCUCGCUCAGUUUGCCGGGGAGGACCCCGUGGUGGCGCUGGAGGCCGCGCUGCAGUUUGAGGACACGCGGGAGUCCAUGCACGCCUUCUGCGUGGGCCAGUACCUGGAGCCCGACCAGGAGGUGGUCACCGUCCCCGACCUGGGAAGCCUGUCCUCCCCUCUGAUGGACACGGAGAGGAACCUGGGCCUGCUGCUCGGGCUGCACGCCUCCUACCUCGCCCUGAGCACGCCGCUCUCGCCGGUGGAGGUGGAAUGUGCCAAGUGGCUGCAGUCGUCCAUCUUCUCGGGAGGCCUGCAGACCAGCCAGACCCACUACAGCUACAACGAGGAGAAGGACGAGGACCACUGCAGCUCCCCCGGGGGCACCCCUGCCAGCAAGUCCCGCCUCCGCGCCCACGCGCGUGCCCUGGGCGACCACUCCCAGGCCUUCCUGCAGGCCCUGGCGGACAACAGUGUGCAGGACCACAGCGUGAAGGACUUCCUGUGCCAGGUGGAGCGGUGCUGCCGGCAGUGCCACCUGACCACCCCCAUCAGCUUCCCGCCCGAGCACCCCGUGGAGGAGGUGGGCCGCCUGCUGCUCUGCUGCCUCCUGAAGCACGAAGACUUAGGGCACGUGGCGCUGUCUCUGGUCCACGCCGGCGCGCUCGCCGUCGAGCAGGCGAAGCACAGGGCGCUGCCCAAGCCGGUGGUGGACGUCUGCCGGGUGGUCUACCAGGCCAAGUGCUCCCUCAUCAAGACGCACCAGGAGCAGGGCCGCUCCUACAAGGAGGUCUGCGCGCCCGUCAUCGAGCGCCUGCGCUUUCUCUUUAACGAGCUGCGGCCCGCCAUGUGCAGCGACCUCUCCGUGCUGUCCCGGCUCAGACUGCUGAGCUCCCUGCCCCGCUGGAGGCGGGUCGCCCAGAGGAUCAUCCGCGACAGGAGGAAGAAGAGGGUCCCUAAGAAGCCAGAACCUACUGAUGACGAAGGGAAAAUCGGAAACGAAGAGAGCGACUUGGAAGAAGCUUGCCUGUUGCCUCCCAGUCCCGUCCACGUGGACAAAAGACCCCUUGCCGCUAGAGCCCCCAAGGACAAGUGGCAGCCGCUCCUGAGCACGGUCACGGGCGUUCACAGGUACAAGUGGCUGAAGCAGAGCGUGCAGGGCCUCGCCCCGCAGUCGGCUCUGCUGGGCACCAUCGCCGAGUUCGCCCUCAGGGAGGAGCCCGUGGAUGUGGAGAAGAUGAGGAAGUGCCUGCUGAAACAGCUGGAGAGGGCAGAGGUCCGCCUGGAGGGGAUCGACGCCAUCCUAAAGCUGGCGGCCAAGAGCUCCCUGCUCCCGUCGGUGCAGUACGCCGUGUUCUGCGGGUGGCAGCGGCUCAUCCCCGAGGGCGUCGACCUGGGGGAGCCUCUCACGGACUGCCUGAAGGACGUGGACCUGAUCCCACCCUUUAACCGGAUGCUGCUGGAAGUCACGUUCGGCAAGCUGUACGCCUGGGCUGUUCAGAACAUCCGCAACAUCCUGAUGGACGCAAAUGCCAAGUUCAAAGAGCUCGGGGUCCAGCCCGUGCCGCUGCCGACCGUCACCAACGAGAACCCGGCGGGGCCCAGCCUGGGCACGACGCCCCACGCGCGCUUCCUCCUGGCCAUGCUCGGCAUGCUGACCCUGCAGCACGGUCCGCACAGCCUCACCCUGCUGCUCAACGCCGGCACGCUCGCCCUGGCGCAGACCGCGCUACGGCUCAUCGGCCCCAGCGGCGACCACGGGGAGGACGACGGGAACGCGUCCGCCCGCGGCGCCUCCGCCACCGUCCUGGAGGAGACGAGGAAGGAGACGGCGCCCACGCAGCUCCCGGUCUCCGGGCCCGAGCUGGCCGCCAUGAUGAAGAUCGGGACCAGGGUCAUGCGGGGCGUGGACUGGAAGUGGGGCGACCAGGACGGACCCCCUCCCGGCCUCGGCCGUGUGAUCGGGGAGCUGGGCGAGGACGGGUGGAUCCGGGUGCAGUGGGACACGGGCAGCACCAACUCCUACCGGAUGGGCAAGGAGGGCAAGUACGACCUCAAGCUGGCGGAGCUGCCCACCUCCGCGCAGCCCUCGGCCGAGGACUCGGACACGGAGGACGACUCGGAAGCUGAGCCGGCCGGCCGGCACAUGCACCCCACGGCCAUGAUGCUGACCAGCACCGUGAACCUGCUGCAGACCCUCUGUCUCUCAGCCGGGGUCCACGCCGAGGUCAUGCAGGGCGAGGCCAUCAGGACGCUGUGCGGGCUGCUGCGCGUGGUGGUGGAGAGCGGGACCUCGGACACGACACCCUCCCCCCACGGCGCCGUGUGCCGGGAGCAGCACCGCGGCUGGUGCUCGCUGGGCUUUGUGCGCAGCAUCGCGCUCACGCCCCACAUGUGCGCGGCGCUCAGCUCCCCGCCCUGGAUCGCCCUGCUCAUGCGGGUCGUCGAGGGACACGCGCCCUUCACCGCCGCCUCGCUGCAGCGCCAGAUCCUGGCCCUGCACCUCCUGCAGGCGGUGCUGCCCUCGUGGGACAAGGCCGAGCGGGCGGAGGACAUGGAGGGGCUGGUGGAGAAGCUCUUCGGGUUCCUGGGCAGCCUGCUCACCACCUGCUCCUCGGACAUCCCGUUCCUCAGAGAGUCCACGCUGCGGAGGCGCAGGGCCCGGCCGCAGGCCUCGCUGACGGCCACGCACAGCAGCACGCUGGCGGAGGAGGCGGUGGCCCUGCUACGCACGCUGCACUCGCUGGCCCAGUGGAACGGCCUCAUCAACAAGCACAUCAGCGCGCAGCUGCAGGCCGUGUCGCGCAGCUGCGGGCCCGCGCCUGCCGGCGGGGCCCUGCUGGAGGACCGCCUCCCCGAGGCGGACGGCCCCGAGGUGGGCGGCCUCAUGGCCGUGCUGGCCGUCAUCGGGGGCAUCGACAGCCGCCUGCGCCUGGGGGGCCAGGUUGCGCACGAGGAGUUCGGGGAGGGCACCGUGACGCGCAUCACGCCCAAGGGCAGGAUCACCGUGCAGUUCUCGGACACGCGGGCGAGCCGCGUCUGCCCGCUGAGCCAGCUGAAGCCGCUCCCCGCCGUGCCCUUCAGCAUCACCAGCCUGCCCUUCACAGAGCCCAUGCUCGCCGUCUGGGCCCAGCUGGUGAACCUCGCGGGGAGCAGGCUGGAGAAGCAUAAGAUAAAGAAGUCGCCCAAGCAGGGCUUCGCCGGCCCGGUGGACCUGGGCCUGCUGCGGCGCCAGCAGCUGAAGCUGUACGUGCUGAAGGCGGGCCGCGCGCUGCUGCCCCACCAGGACCAGCUCCGGCAGACGCUGGCCCAGCCCGCCGUGCAGGAGGCCGCUGCGCAGGCAGACGACAGCACAGCCGCGUCCCCGGACCCGGGGGACAUGUCCCCCGAGGGCCCGCAGCCCCCGAUGACCCUGCUGCAGCAGCUGCUGGCCGCGGCCACCCAGCCGUCCCCCGUGAAGGCCGUCUUCGCCCGGCAGGAGCUCGAGGCCGCCGCCCUGGCCGUGUGCCAGUACCUGGCCGUGGAGUGCGCCCACCCGUCCAGCCCGGCGUUCGAGGACGGCAGCUCCAGCGAGGCCAGCACGCCAGUGCCCGCCCCGCACUUGCGCCCCGUCCGAGCCCGGAGGCGCAGGCAGUCGCCCGUGCCCGCCCUGCCCAUCGUGGUGCAGCUCAUGGAGAUGGGCUUCCCGCGGAGGAACAUCGAGCUGGCGCUGAAGGCGCUCGCGGGCGCCGCGGGCAACGCCGCCGGCCUGCCAGGCGUGGAGGCCCUGGUCGGGUGGCUGCUGGACCACGCCGACGUGCCGGGCACGGACCUCUCGGACCCAGACACGGGGUCUGAGGACGGCUCCGAGGAGGAGCUGCUGGAGGACCUGGACGACACGGCCUGCGCCCUGUCCUCCGGCGCCGUGGUGACGGAGAGCCAGACGUACAAGAAGCGGGCGGACUUCCUGAGCAACGACGACUACGCCGUGUACGUGCGGGAGAACAUCCAGGUGGGCAUGAUGGUGCGGUGCUGCCGCACCUACGAGGAGGUGCGCGAGGGCGACGUGGGCAAGGUCGUCAAGCUGGACCGCGACGGGCUGCACGACCUCAACGUGCAGAGCGACUGGCAGCACAAAGGGGGCACCUACUGGGUGCGGUACAUCCAUGUGGAGCUGCUGGGCUACCCGCCCCCCAGCUUCCCCGCCCACAUCAAGAUCGGGGACAAGGUGCGGGUCAAGGCCGCCGUGACCACCCCCAAGUACAAGUGGGGCUCGGUGACGCACCAGAGCGUCGGCGUCGUCAAAGCCUUCAGCGCCAACGGGAAGGACGUCAUCGUGGACUUCCCGCAGCAGUCCCACUGGACCGGGCUGCUCUCCGAGAUGGAGCUGGUGCCCAGCGUGCACCCCGGCGUCACGUGUGACGGCUGCCAGGCGUUCCCCAUCCACGGGCCCAGGUUCAAGUGCAGGAACUGCGAGGACUUUGACUUCUGUGAGGCGUGCUUCAAGGCCCGGAGGCACAGCCCCAGGCACACGUUCGGCCGGAUCAACGAGCCCGGACAGUCGGCCGUCUUUUGCGGCCGCUCCGGAAAGCAGCUGAAGCGGUGCCCCAGCAGCCAGCCGGGCGCGCUGCUGGACAGCUGGUCCCGCAUGGUGAAGAGCCUGCACGUGUCCUCCUCCGUGAACCAGGCCUCGCGGCUCAUCGACGGCCGCGAGCCCUGCUGGCAGUCCUCGGGGUCCCAGGGCAAGCACUGGAUCCGCUUGGAGAUCUUCCCCGACGUCCUGGUUCACAGACUGAAGAUGACUGUCGACCCCGCAGACAGCAGCUACAUGCCCUCCCUGGUCGUGGUGUCAGGCGGGAACUCCCUGAACAACCUCAUCGAGCUAAAGACCAUCAACAUCAGCCCCACCGACACCACGGUGUCCCUGCUGAGUGACUGCACCGAGUACCACAGGCACAUCGAGAUCGCCAUCAAGCAGUGCCGGAGCUCGGGCAUCGACUGCAAGAUCCACGGCCUCGUGCUGCUGGGGCGCGUGCGCGCCGAGGAGGAGGACUGGGCCGCCGCGCCCUUCCUCGCCUCGGACAGUGAGGAGGAGGAGGACGAGAAGGGCGGCGCCGGGAGCCUCGUCAGGAAGAAGGCUGCGGGCCUGGAGUCGGCGGCCACCAUCAGAACCAAGGUGUUCGUGUGGGGCCUCAACGACAAGGACCAGCUGGGCGGCCUCAAGGGCUCCAAGAUAAAGGUCCCUUCGUUCUCGGAGACGCUGUCGGCUCUGAACGUCGUGCAGGUGGCGGGCGGCUCGAAGAGUCUGUUUGCAGUGACCGUGGAGGGCAAGGUGUACGCCUGCGGCGAGGCCACCAACGGCCGGCUGGGGCUGGGCAUGUCCAGCGGCACUGUGCCCAUCCCCCGGCAGGUCCCGGCGCUCAGCAGCUAUGUGGUCAAGAAGGUGGCCGUGCACUCAGGCGGCCGGCACGCCACGGCCCUGACGGUGGACGGGAAGGUGUUCUCCUGGGGCGAAGGGGACGACGGCAAGCUGGGCCACUUCAGCCGCAUGAACUGUGACAAGCCGCGGCUGAUCGAGGCCCUGAAGACCAAGCGUGUCCGGGACAUCGCCUGCGGGAGCUCCCACAGCGCCGCCCUCACCUCCAGCGGCGAGCUCUACACCUGGGGCCUCGGGGAGUACGGCCGGCUGGGGCACGGGGACAACACGACGCAGCUGAAGCCCAAGAUGGUGAAAGUGCUCCUGGGCCACAGAGUGAUCCAGGUCGCCUGCGGGAGCCGCGACGCGCAGACCCUGGCUCUGACGGACGAAGGCCUGGUGUUCUCCUGGGGCGACGGCGACUUCGGGAAGCUGGGCCGGGGAGGAAGCGAGGGCUGCAACGUCCCCCAGAACAUCGAGCGGCUCAACGGCCAGGGCGUGUGCCAGAUCGAGUGCGGCGCCCAGUUCUCCCUGGCGCUCACCAAGUCGGGCGUGGUGUGGACGUGGGGCAAGGGCGACUACUUCCGGCUGGGCCACGGCUCGGACGUGCACGUGCGGAAGCCGCAGGUGGUGGAGGGGCUGCGCGGGAAGAAGAUCGUGCACGUGGCCGUCGGCGCCCUGCACUGCCUGGCGGUCACGGACGCGGGGCAGGUCUACGCCUGGGGCGACAACGACCACGGCCAGCAGGGCAACGGCACGACCACCGUCAACAGGAAGCCCACCCUGGUGCAGGGCCUGGAGGGCCAGAAGGUCACACGCGUAGCCUGCGGGUCCUCGCACAGCGUGGCCUGGACGACGGUCGACGUGGCCACGCCCUCCGUGCAUGAGCCCGUGCUGUUCCAGACGGCGAGGGACCCGCUGGGCGCCUCCUAUCUAGGUGUGCCUUCUGAUGCCGAGUCUUCUGCUGCCAGCAACAAGCUCAGUGGGGCGGGCAGCUCGAAGCCUGGCCGCCCCUCCCUCGCCAAGACCCUCCUGUCCCUGGACGGGAACCUGGCCAAGCAGCAGGCUUUGUCUCACGUGCUCAACGCCUUGCAGAUCACGUACGCCAGAGACGCCGUGGUGGGGGCCCUGAUGCCGGCCAGCAUGAUCGCUCCGGAGUGCCCCUCCUUCUCCUCCUCGGCACCCCCUUCCGAGGCGUCCGCCUCGGCCAGUCCCCUGAGCGGAGAGGCGUGCUUACUGGCUGCUGACUCCGAGGACAGACCGAGCCCCAGCCCCUGGCAGGAGAAGCGAGGGGAGAUGAUCUCCUCUGAGGAUGCUGGGACCCCUGCCGCCGUGACCCCGUCUGCCUCCUCCGCUUCCUCUCGGCCCUUCAUUCCGGUGACAGACGACCCGGGCGCCGCCAGCAUCAUCGCGGAAACCAUGACCAAAGCCAGAGAGGAUGUGGAGAGCCAGAACAAGGCCUCGGGCCCCGAGCCUCAGGCCCUGGACGAGUUCACCAGCCUGCUGGUCGCCGACGACACCCGGGUGCUGGUGGACCUGCUCAAGCUGUCCGUGUGCGGCCGGGCGGGGGACCGCGGCCGGGAGGUGCUCUCAGCCGUGCUGUCGGGCAUGGGCACCGCCUACCCCCAGGUGGCGGACAUGCUGCUGGAGCUCUGCGUCACCGAGCUGGAGGACGUGGCCUCCGACUCGCAGAGCGGCCGCCUGUCCUCGCAGCCCGUGGUGGUGGAGAGCAGCCACCCCUACACGGAUGACACCUCCUCCAGCGGCACCGUCAAGAUCCCAGGUGCGGAGGGCCUCCGGGUGGAGUUUGACCGGCAGUGCUCCACGGAGCGGCGCCACGACCCCCUCACCGUCAUGGACGGCGUCAACCGGAUCGUCUCCGUGCGCUCAGGCCGGGAGUGGUCCGACUGGUCCAGCGAGUUGCGCAUCCCCGGGGACGAGCUCAAGUGGAAGUUCAUCAGCGACGGGUCCGUCAACGGGUGGGGCUGGCGCUUCACCGUCUACCCCAUCAUGCCGGCCGCUGGCCCGAAAGACCUGCUCUCGGACCGCUGCGUCCUCUCCUGCCCGUCCAUGGACCUGGUGACCUGCCUGCUGGACUUCCGGCUCAACCUGGCCUCCAACAGGAGCAUCGUCCCGCGCCUGGCCGCGUCGCUGGCCGCGUGCGCGCAGCUCAGCGCCUUAGCUGCCAGCCACCGCAUGUGGGCCCUGCAGAGGCUGAGGAAGCUGCUGACGACGGAGUUCGGACAGUCGGUCAACAUCCGCCGGCUGCUGGGCGACAGCGACGGGGAGGCGCGCGCCCUGAGCUUCACGGGCAGCGCGCUGGCUGCGCUGGUGAAGGGCCUGCCGGAGACCCUGGAGAGGCAGUUCGAGUACGAGGACCCCGUCGUGCGGGGCGGCAAGCAGCUGCUGCACAGCCCCUUCUUUAAGGUGCUGGUGGCUCUCGCCUGUGACCUGGAGCUGGACACGCUCCCCUGCUGCGCGGAGACGCACAAGUGGGCCUGGUUCCGCAGGUACUGCAUGGCCGCCCGCGUGGCCGUGGCCCUGGACCGGCGGACGCCGCUGCCCCGGCUCUUUCUGGACGAGGUGGCGAAGAAGAUCCGCGAGCUCAUGGCCGACGGCGAGGCCAUGGACGUCCUGCACGAGAGCCACGACGUCUUCCGGAGGGAGCACGACGAGCAGCUGGUGCAGUGGAUGAGCAGGCGCCCAGACGACUGGACUCUAUCGGCCGGCGGCAGCGGCACCAUCUACGGAUGGGGCCAUAACCACAGGGGCCAGCUCGGGGGCAUCGAGGGGGCAAAGGUGAAGGUGCCCACGCCCUGCGAGGCCCUGGCCACCCUCAGGCCCGUUCAGCUGAUCGGCGGAGAGCAGACUCUGUUCGCCGUCACAGCCGAUGGGAAGCUCUACGCCACCGGAUACGGCGCCGGCGGCCGGCUCGGCGCCGGGGGCACGGAGUCGGUGUCCACGCCGACGCUGCUCGAGUCCAUCCAGCACGUGUUCAUCCGGAAGGUGGCCGUGAACUCGGGGGGCAAGCACUGCCUGGCCCUGUCCUCCGAGGGCGAGGUGUACUCCUGGGGCGAGGCCGAGGACGGGAAGCUGGGCCACGGCAACCGCAGCCCCUGUGACCGCCCUCGUGUGGUCGAGUCCCUGCGAGGCACCGAGGUGGUGGACAUCGCGGCCGGCGGGGCCCACAGCGCCUGCGUCACCGCGGCCGGCGACCUCUACACAUGGGGCAAAGGCCGGUACGGCCGCCUGGGCCACAGCGACAGCGAGGACCAGCUCAAGCCCAAGCUGGUGGAGGCCCUGCAGGGCCACCGCGUGGUGGACGUGGCCUGUGGCAGCGGCGACGCCCAGACGCUCUGCCUCACGGACGACGACACCGUGUGGUCCUGGGGCGACGGCGACUACGGCAAGCUGGGCCGCGGCGGCAGCGACGGCUGCAAAGUGCCCAUGAAGAUCGACUCGCUCACGGGCCUGGGCGUGGUGAAGGUGGAGUGCGGCUCCCAGUUCUCGGUCGCCCUGACCAAGUCUGGCACCGUCUACACCUGGGGCAAAGGGGACUACCACCGGCUGGGCCACGGCUCCGAUGACCACGUGCGGCGGCCGCGGCAGGUGCAGGGGCUGCAGGGGAAGAAGGUCAUCGCCAUCGCCACGGGCUCCCUGCACUGCGUGUGCUGCACCGAGGAGGGGGAGGUCUACACCUGGGGCGACAACGACGAGGGGCAGCUGGGGGACGGCACCACCAACGCCAUCCAGAGGCCGCGGCUGGUGGCCGCCCUGCAGGGGAGGAAGGUCAACCGCGUGGCCUGCGGCUCGGCCCACACACUGGCCUGGUCCACCAGCAAGCCCGCCAGCGCCGGGAAGCUGCCCGCACAGGUGCCCAUGGAGUACAACCACCUGCAGGAGCUCCCGGUGGUUGCCCUGCGGAACCGGCUGCUGCUGCUGCACCACCUCUCAGAGCUCUUCUGCCCCUGCAUCCCCAUGUUCGACCUGGAGGGCGCGCUGGGCGAGACGGGGCUGGGGCCCGCCGUGGGCUUCGACACCCUGCGGGGCAUCCUCAUCUCCCAGGGCAAGGAGGUGGCCUUCCGGAAGGUGGUGCAGGCCACGAUGGUGCGCGACCGGCAGCAUGGGCCCGUGGUGGAGCUGAACCGCAUCCAGGUGAAACGCUCCCGCAGCAAAGGUGGCCUGGCGGGCCCCGACGGCACCAAGUCCGUCUUCGGGCAGAUGUGCGCCAAGAUGAGCUCCCUCAGCCCCGACAGCCUGCUGCUGCCGCACCGCGUCUGGAAGGUCAAGUUCGUGGGCGAGUCUGUGGACGACUGCGGAGGCGGCUACAGCGAGUCCAUCGCGGAGAUCUGCGAGGAGCUGCAGAACGGACUCACGCCCCUCCUGAUCGUGACGCCCAACGGGAGGGACGAGUCGGGGGCCAACCGGGACUGCUACCUGCUGAGCCCCGCCGCCCGGGCGCCCGUGCACACCAGCAUGUUCCGCUUCCUGGGCGUGCUGCUGGGCAUCGCCAUCCGCACCGGCAGCCCCCUGAGCCUCAGCCUGGCCGAGCCCGUGUGGAAGCAGCUGGCGGGCAUGAGCCUGACCAUUGCGGACCUCAGCGAGGUGGACAAGGACUUCAUCCCCGGCCUCAUGUACAUCCGCGACAACGAGGCCACCGCCGAGGAGUUCGAGGCCAUGGGGCUGCCCUUCACCGUGCCCAGUGCCAGCGGCCAGGACGUGCAGCUGAGCUCCCGGCACACGCACAUCUCCCUGGACACUCGCGCCGAGUACGUGCGGCUGGCCGUCAGCUACCGGCUCCACGAGUUCGACGAGCAGGUGGCUGCCGUGCGGGAGGGCAUGGCCCGCGUGGUGCCCGUGCCCCUGCUCUCGCUCUUCACCGGCUACGAGCUGGAGACCAUGGUGUGUGGCAGCCCGGACAUCCCCCUGCACCUGCUCAAGUCGGUGGCCACCUACAAGGGGGUGGAGCCGGCGGCGCCGCUGGUGCAGUGGUUCUGGGAGGUGAUGGAGGCCUUCUCCACCACGGAGCGCUCCCUCUUCCUGCGCUUCGUGUGGGGCCGCACCCGGCUGCCCCGGACCAUCGCCGACUUCCGGGGCCGCGACUUCGUCAUCCAGGUGCUGGACAAGUACAGCCCGCCCGACCACUUCCUGCCCGAGUCCUACACCUGCUUCUUCCUGCUGAAGCUGCCCCGCUACUCCUGCCGGCAGGUGCUGGAGGAGAAGCUCAAGUACGCCAUCCACUUCUGCAAGUCCAUCGACACCGAUGACUACGCCCGCAUCGCCCUCACCGGCGAGCCAGCCGCCGCGGACAGCAGCGAGGACUCGGAGAACGAGGACGUGGACUCCUUCGCCUCCGACUCCACGCAGGACUAUCUCACGGGGCACUGA